UUUCUAACCAAAUACUCCGCAACAGUCCGUUUGAGUCAUGGAGAUUAAAACAGAGAAUAUAUUCUCUUCUAAUCUGCACUGAACCCUAAACCUGUCAAGAAAUUUUUGGUGAGAUGUAUAUUUUGUACAACAAACGAACAGAAACAUAUUCUCUUCUACUUUGAGCUUCCAUUACCUGCUGCUGUCUAGUCUUUCUGUAUCCAUUUUUCUCCAUUUUUGAUUCAAUUUCUAGGGUUUCUUAGGGAUUAUUUUGUCAAGCUUGAGGAAGAGCCAUGCCCAAAAUUCGUGAUUUCAGUUGGGGUGAAACAAAAAGAAGAACUGGGGCGCAACUAAAAAAGAUGAUUAUUGGUUCAAGUUUAUUGACAACUCAUUUACAUGAAGAGAUAAGGAGACUGAAGAAUCUUGUGUCUAGACUAGAUACGGAGAUAGAUGUAAAGAAUCGAAGGAUCGAAUUCAUGGAAAUAAAGAUGACCAACCUAUCAACAUCCCUUAGUAUAAUGAAAGAAGAAAGAGAUCAGCUGAAUCAAGCUUGUGUUGAGCUAACGACGUCACUUAAUAGAGUGACGAGUCUCCUGAAACAAGCUCAUCCUCAAGAUAUGAGAAGAAUGCAUGGGAGUAUGAAUGAGAACGAGACAUUGAGAAGAGAGUUAAGAAAUCGAAGGAUAGAACUUGCGCAGCAACGUAAGGAAAUCGAGAAGCGUGAGGCCCAAUUGGUUGUUUUGAGUGAGGAGGUGGAGGAUAUGUGCAAAAAACUGGAAGAGAAAGAUGAUGAGUUAGAUAGUAUGAUUAACCUCAAUAACACCCUUAUAGCCAAAGAGCGCAUCAGUAACCACGAGCUACAGGAGGCACGCCAAGUUCUAAUCGAGGGUUUGGAUGGGUUUGCAAAUAUACGUUCGCGUCCUCCUGUUGGGAUAAAGAGGAUGGGGGAGCUGAAUGAGAAACCAUUUCGAGAUAUUUGCAUUCAGAAGUUUUCGAGUAAAGAAUGGGAAAUAAAAUCUGUUGGGCUAUGCUCGUUGUGGCAAAAUAAAAUACAAGAUCCAGAGUGGUAUCCGUAUAAGAAGGUGACAAUCGAUAAAAAGCUUCAUGAGUGCCGUCAAUAUUUUGCGGUGCAGGAAGUAAUAAAUGAAGAUGAUGAAAAGUUGAGAGAGCUGAAAGAUGAAUGGGGCGAGGAAGUAUAUGAUGCAGUAGCUAAUGCUUCACUGGAGAUGAAUGAGUAUAAUACAAGUGGAAGAUAUCCAGUUCGGGAGCUUUGGAAUUUCAAGGAAGGAAGGCAAGCCAGCUUAAAGGAAGUAAUGGAAUAAGAGAAUGGCACUAUACCUAGCAAGAAUAUCCAAAGUUAGCAAGAGUUUCAAGACCCAGUAAGUGAAGGAAAAGCGUACAGAACUAUAAGAGAUUGGAAGAGAUUAUCAGUGACGUGCAGAAGAGGUCAGUCCAGGGCUUCCAGAGCCUGCACUGGGUAUCAACUUUGCAAGAGAUGGGAUGCAAGAAAACGACUAGUUAUCUCUGGUUGGUUCAGAAUGAUGCGUGAUUACUUGCAGUCGCAUUUUACUUUGGUGCCAUAUUUGGAUUUGAGAAAUACGAUAGUGGGAGGUCAAUUUACCUGCUGAAGAGGUCCCUCCUGAGCUUCCAGAGCCUGCACUGUGGAUCAACUUUGCUAAAGAUGGGAAGCAAGAAAAGGACUGGUUAUCUAUGGUUGCGGUUCACAGUGAUGCGUGGUUA